CCAGCCAGAAUUUUUACAUAUAUGCUAGAGAAAUCCAGACUUGUUUCACAGCCCCCUGGCCAGAGCAAUUUUCUCAUCUUCUACUUGCUGAUGGACGGAUUAUCUGCUGAGGAGAAGUAUGGACUGCACCUUAAUAAUUUACAUGCCCAUCGGUAUUUGCACCAGACCCUUAGAGAAGAUACAUCAACAGCAGAGCGUUCUCUGAACAGGGAGAAAUUUGCUGUUUUGAAACAAGCCCUGAGUGUAAUUGGCUUCAGUAACUUGGAGGUGGAGAACCUGUGCGUGAUUCUAGCAGCCCUGUUACACCUCGGCGACGUCGGCUUCACCGCUCUCUCCGACGCCGACUCCGCGCUGGUGUCUGACCUCCAGCUCCUGGAGCAAGUGGCUGGAAUGCUACAGGUAUCUUCGGAUGAGCUGGCCUCUGCUUUAACCACUGACAUCCAGUAUUUUAAGGGAGAGGUGCUCACACGACGGCACACCGUGGCGAUGGCCGAGUUUUACCGGGAUCUCCUGGCCAAGUCUCUGUACGGUCGUCUGUUCAGCUUUCUGGUGAACGCGGCGAACUGUUGCCUCCACGGUGACGAGGAGCCCGGCAGCUCACAGACGUGGGGCAUUGGGAUUCUGGACAUCUUCGGAUUUGAAGAAUUUCAAAAGAAUGAGUUUGAACAACUCUGUGUCAACAUGACCAACGAGAAGAUGCACCACUACAUCAAUGAAGUGCUUUUUCUACAGGAGCAAACAGAAUGUGUACAAGAGGGAGUUACCAUGGAAACAGCUUAUUCGCUUGGUAACCAGACAGGAGUUUUGGAUUUUUUUUUCCAGAAGCCUUCUGGAUUUCUCUCUUUAUUGGAUGAAGAAAGUCAAAUGAUUUGGUCAGUGGAACCAAAUCUUCCCAAAAAGCUCCACGGUCUUCUAGAAUCCUCCAACACAAAUGCGGUCUACUCCCCUGUGAAGGAUGGAAAUGGGAACCUCGCCCUCCGAGAGCAAGGGACAGCUUUCACCGUUAUGCACUACGCGGGCCGGGUAAUGUAUGAAGCUGUUGGAGCAAUUGAAAAAAAUAAAGACUCCCUUUCCCAGAAUCUUCUAUUUGUAAUGAAAACUAGUGAAAAUGUCGUGAUCAAUCAUUUGUUCCAGUCGAAACUGUCACACACAGGAGCCCUCGUAUCUUCCUCUCCUUCUUUUAAAUUCAGAGGACGUAAAUCUGCCCGGCUCAGUAGGAAAAUGACAGCGUCUUCAGUGAUGGGAGAAAACAGGAAUUAUCUAGAACUUAGUAAGUUAUUAAAAAAGAAAGGAAAUUCUACAUUUCUUCAAAGACUAGACCGAGGAGGUCCAGCCACCAUUGCGUCACAACUCAGGAAAACUCUGACGGAUAUCACUGGGAAACUUCAGAAGUGCAGUCCACACUUUAUUCACUGCAUCAAGCCCAAUAACUCAAAGCUGCCAGACACCUUUGAUAACUUCUACGUGUCCGCGCAGCUGCAGUACGUUGGGAUCCUGGAGAUGGUGAAGAGCGUCCGCCAUGGGUACGCUGUCCGCCUCUCCUUCUCCGAGUUCCUGUCCAGGUACAAGCCUUUGGCCGAGACCCUGCCCAGCAACGAGAGGACACUGCCCGCGGAGGAGAGGUGCCGGCUGGCCCUGCAGCACUGCCGGUUCCCCGGGUGGCAGAUUGGAGCUCGCAAAGUGUUCCUGAAAUACUGGCACGCCAGCCAACUGAACGAUCUGUGCCGCCAGCUGCAGGGAAAAAUUAUCACCUGCCAAAAAGUGGUCAGAGGCUUUUUAGCCCGCCAGCACGUGCAUCAGAAAAGGAGCGUCCGGCAGCAGGAGGUCACGUCCAUCAACAGCUUCCUGCAGGUCACGGAGGACCUGGGACUGAAGACCUAUGAUGCCCUGGUCGUUCAGAACGCCUCGGACAUCGCCCGCGAGAAUGACCGGCUCCGGAAUGAGAUGAACGCCGCUUUCCACAGAGAGAAGCUGGAGGCCCGGGGCAAGCAGGAGGAAGUCCCCAAAAGAGCUGAAGACAAGAGUGGACCCAGGCGCCUCCACUGUAGCUCCAUCCCAGUCCCCGCGGCAGUGGACGGCCUGGCCCAGUCCCUGGCUGGUCCGUCCUCCAGGCCUCCUUCUCUGCACUCCGUGUUCAGCCUGGAUGACGGCAGCGGCCUCCCGUCACCACGGAAACAGCCUCCGCCCAAGCCAAAGAGGGACCCCGCCACGCGGCUGAGCGCCUCCUACGAGGCUGUGAGCGCCUGCCUGUGGGCUGCAGCCAGGGACUCGGCGAAUGAAGCUCCGGCGGGCGCGCCCUGCAGCCCCCUCACCAAAACCCCGUAUUCCCCCGGGAAGACGGCCCGAGGGGAGCCCAGGAAGGCCACCACCACCGGCGCCCCCUCCCCGGCCCCCUACAGCCCCCCGAACUCCAGACCUCUGGGCAGCCCCCUGGACGAGCUGGCCAGCCUGUUCACCUCCGGCAGGAGCGUGCUCCGGAGGUCGGCGGUGGGCAGGAGGAUCCGCGAACCCCAGGGUUUUGAAACGAACAUGAACCUUACUAGCCGAGAUGAUUUUGGUACUUCAGAAAUUACAUCAGAGACCCAGGACAGAAAUGCAAAUAACCAUGGGAUUCAAUUAUCUAAUUCACUCUCCAGUGCAAUGACUGCUGAAAAUGGAAAUUCCGUCUCAAACGGUUUACCUGAAGAAGAUGGAUUCUCCGGGCUGUCUGGGGGUGGAGCCUCCUCCUUUCAGAGACACAGAGAGAGCCACAGCACUCAGGUUAUCCACCAGCUGAGGCUGUCGGAGAACGAGAGCGUGGCCCUGCGGGAGCUCCUGGACUGGAGACGGAGACUCAGCGAGGAGCGGGGGGACUGGCCCCAGAUCCUGCCCCCCGGGGAGCCCCGGGCGCCUCCCCUGCCUCCGUGCAGGAAGCCCGAGGGGGCCCCCUGCCGCAGGCUGCCCCCCGAGUUCUGGGACUCCACCCUGUGA